ACGACUAAGUUCAACCAGAACAAACAACAAGAUGUUAUCGUUGCAAGUAACCGUACUGCUGCUCUGCAUCAUCAACCUCAGUUCCGCAAACUACAUGAUCAUGCCGCCAAUGUACGAGGUCACCAACGAGCAGUUCAACUCGUUCAGCACCUGCAUCGCCGCGACGUACAACCCAAAGGCCCUACACAGCAAGUACGACCCGGUGUGCGGAACCGAUGGAUUCAGCUACUUCAACCGGCACAGCAUGGACUGCAUGGCGGUCUCCGUCCCGAACCUGCAGUUUGCCAGCUACGGCCGCUGUCCGCACGAGCCCAUCUUCCUGCCGAUGGCCUCGGUCCGCGAUCCGUGGAUCUUCCCGUCGAAUCUCCGCGGCGAGCUGGAACAGUGCAUCGGCAGCUGCGAGAACCUGUUCCAUCCGGUGUGCGGUUCCGACGAGAAGACGUACCAAAAUCCGUGCACCCUGCUCUGCGUGGGAUCGGUCAACAAGGCCACCCUGGCGUACGAGGGCUUCUGCAAGCGGGACCAGAUCGCCGAGGGCAAGUGUCCACCGAUUCUGCAGCCGUUCUGCGGGUCGGACGGAGUGACCUACCUGAACUAUUGCCACCUGCGAUUUGCGAUGCUGACGAUCGAGGGGCUCAAGCCGGGCCACAUAGGGGACUGUGUGCAGCGGCUGGAGGCCAUCGGAAAGGACAAGGACGGAGGGUACGGCGCGAUGGAGGGAAAGAAGGAACGCAAACGCGGUUGCUGCUGCUGUGAGUGCCGGGAAGCUCCGGAUUGUGCUGCUUAAAGAGGCAUGCAAGUGAACUUAAAUUCAAAUAAAUUUGGGUAGAAUCGGCAGAAUUAUAAUUUGAGAAGUAUUAUAAAAACCUGGGAAACAUUAAAUAUGGGAAAUAUAACUUUUCUCGGCCCAUUUCUAUUUUCGGCUUAUCAGAAUUUUUUACCGUGAAAUACAGC